AUGAAGUUGAUGCUCAAUGCUGUCCAGUGCCUAUAUAAAACAUUACCGAGGUUUCUCAGGGGUAAUUUGGCUCCUUUCUUUCUUCUUCCCCCUGAAUUUAUUGUGGUUGACUCCCUGAUUGUCCUCAGCAGGGGGCCCCAACCUUGUUCAACCUCCGAGUGCUUUUUAAACAUGGCCGAUGAGACCUCGGCUUUUCAUCUAAUAUUUGUGAUCUUCAGCAAAAGAUAUUCUAUCAACCAAUGGCUUUUUGCUCUGGAACAAGCCACCUGGGAAUUCAUAAGGAAGGUUUACAUUGGGACUCCUCUUACGUACUUAACAGUUGUGACUGCUACUCAAAGAGAACGCCAGAGUGGUCACACCCGGGGUAUCGUUUUCGAGGGCUUGUUUGGCAUUGCUGUGGCAACAGAUCAGAGCCUACAUCGGUGGCAUUUCCCCCGACGGCCAAGAGAAACAGGACAUGGUCGCCUUCCGCCUCAGCGCCCUCAAUCCCAUCGUGGACCCGUGGCUCUUCAUCAUCUUCCGGAACUCCGUCUUCCGCAGCCUCAGGGACUUCGUCUGCUGCCGCCUGGGCUGGCUCUCUUUGCCCCGGACACGGAGGGCCUCAGACAAGGUGGGAAUGCAAGAUGGCCUCUCUUUCCAAGGCACCUGUGUCUGCUGAGAGCAGAGCUCCCUCUUAUUCUCCAGGGCAAAAGUUCCCUGAUGUGGGACAGGUUGCUGCGGAAUGGAGACGAGGAGGAGGAGGAGAAACUACACUCCCCCGCCGUCUCAAAAGGAUCGGGCUUCUCUGAAACUCGAGGCACAGAUCAGAUCAUCGUUGCAAGAGGUGGGAGAUCAAGGAGAGCUUCUGGGGUAUCUCCAGCGGGCAGGUCCUCCACAGGGAUGCCCUGUUUGAUGUCCCACCUUCAGUCCCCCAAGAGGGGCCCUAGAAAGGAGACAGGAAGCCAAGGAGAAAAGGAACCUCCAAUUCCCCUGCAAAGCUGUGCAAAGCACAGGGACAAGAGGAGCCUCUUCGGUGAAGGUGCCGGCACUCCUGCAUCUUGGGCCGCCAGCCCCAGGUUGGGAAAUUCUUGAUGAUUUGGAGUCAGAACAUGGGGAGGGGAGGGCAGAAAUUGGGAAGAAGAAGAA